UUUAUUGUCCAUGUGCACUCCCAGGUACUUGUAGUCCUCCACAGUGUCCACCCUGACCCCCUGGAUGGACGUACCAUUUGGAAAAGGGGAAGGUAAGGGAAGGAAAAGGGUGAGGAUGAGGACAGUAAAGGCAGAACACAAAGAGUGCAGAGUGAAUAAGACAACAUGUGCACAUUGUAGUAUAAGUGAAAAUGCUGAACGGCGUCAGGUGUAAUGAGGGAAAGGUAGGUUUGCAGUAAAGGGCGCGAGGAAAACAACAGGUCUUUAAAUAAACACGGGAUUGUUUGAAAGAAUAGAGGCGUCUCAUUAUUAUAAACUAAUGUGAACUAGAUCCGGCACAGCCGGCGCGCUCCGGCCCGGCAGGUGGCGGCAUGCAGCUAAAAGUUGGUACUGCAACCCGCCAAAACACGCGAAGAAGAAGCAGAAGAAGCAGAAGCAGAAGAAGAAGAAGAAGAAAGUUGAUAUAAAGCAUCUUCGACUUGACGAGCCGCUGUUAGAACAGAAGAAACGGAAUUAUGAAACUUUAACGAAGAUUUUCCCCGUUUGUUUUCAACAGAGUCUCGUGAGGAGAGGACGCGGAUGUGACGGACAUGACUUCUCUCCUCAGCAUGGAGACAGCAGCAGAUCCAGGAAACAGCUGCAGUCAGCAGUGCAGCAGCUGCGACGGCUCCUCAGCCAGAUGUUGGUGUCUGGACUGUAAUGAAGCGCUGUGUAACGUCUGCGUGUCGGCUCAUCGCAGAGUGACUUUGACCAGAUCACACCGGAUCCUCAACCAGCCGCCGGCAGGAGCCGUCUCGACUCCUCCCACCAAGUUCUGCAGACUCCACCCGUCCGAGACGCUCAAGCUCUUCUGUUUCACCUGUAACCAGCUCACCUGUAGAGACUGCCAGCUCAUGACUCACAUGAACCACAGGUAUCAGUUUGUUAGUGAAGCGUUGGACAGCCUGAAGAAGCAGCUGGAGGUCUUGGUUCAGCCAAUCGGAGCACACGGAGGCACGGCGAGGCAGACUCUGCUGGACAUGGAGACCAGGCUGCAGGACCUUGUUGACAGCGAGUCUAACCUGAAGAAUGAGCUACAGCAGUCCUGCUACGCCAUAUCUCAGCAUCUGAAAAUGAGGAUGGAAGAAAUUAUGAAAGAGGCCAAGAAGGUGUGUGAGCUGGAGUGUGAGAUGAUUAAGAAGAGGAUGAUGAAGCUGAAGCAGCUGCAACAGAAAAAGCAGUCAGUGACCGAAACUGCAGAAAAAGCCCGAAACACCAACGACCUGUCGGCUCUGCUCACCUUCACAGCUCAGAUUGAGUCUCAGCUGAAGGACCUUCCUGAUCAGAACUCGUCUCCGCCUCCUACGAUGUCUCGGCUGAAGGUGGUCACUGACAGGAAGUCUCUGGAGGCCAUUUUAAACUUUGGUCAACUUGAAGUUUCAUGGAUCCCCUUCUCUGUCUCACAAACCUCCAAUCAGAACAGAGACUCUCGAGCCGCCGCCUCCUCCUCCUCCUCCUCGUCCUUGUCCCCUCUCACCCUCACCCGUCCUGCACCCUACAGCAGAUCUGUCCCCCUAACCAGGACCACUAGUGACACUGACUCACCUGUUCCAGUCAACUGUUCCUCUACAACGUCAAAGUCUUCGUUCAGUCCAUUGUGUCCUUCUCCCUCCUCCUCCUCCUCCUUUUCCAGGUCAUGCUCCACCUCCAUCGCCUUCGCCUCUUCCAACUCCUCAGCCACUCCUCCUACCUCCACAUGUCUUUCAAUCUCCUACGGGACCCUCCCUCAAACCAGGAACACCUGUGACACUGACUCACCUGUUCUAGUCAACGGUCCCUCUACUUCAUGGAAGCCCUUAUCAAAUCAGUUCUGUCCUCCUCCCUCCUCCCGCUCCAGCGCCAACCAAUCCAGUGCUCCCGUGACCACAACCCCUGCAGUUACCUCCCAUAAACCUGUCGAGUGUCCAUCCUCCUCUACUGUGAAGACGUUGUCUCACCUGGGGACGAACCCAAGACAGCUGUUGCUGCCGAGGAAUCAUGUCCAGCAUGUUUCUACCUCAGUGAAACUGCAGCCUGUCGGUUUUGGUGUCCCCCCAAAAGCAGGUGCGUCUCCGUCCUGCACAGUAUUCAAGCUUGUCAAACCCUCGUUGGUUUUGAACCGACCGACUGCUCCCCAUCAGAACCAGCCUGCUGCCGUCCUGCUGACCAACAAUCAGACUGCGUACCAGGUGUCCUGCUGGCCCUCAAGCCUCUCGUCAGUCGUGCCUCAGUUUCCCAUGCUGCUCAGUCAGACUGUGUCGUACACCUUACCUGGAAACACCAGGCCUAAACAGCAGGUAAACUCUGGCAGUCGUAAGAUACUUCCUGCGGCCCCCACACAAAACCAAAUCCCUGUCAGACCGAGUCAAACAGCGCUGCCAAGCCACGAAUCAGACCACCAACCUCUGAAAGAUAUAAUCUAUACAACUAUAACAAGCGGCCCUGUGUCCUCCCCCGAGGGUCUCACCUCUGCUGUCGGCUCUCAUUCUUCUUCUCCGAAACACCAGCAGUUGUGUCUUCCUCCCUCCUCGUCAUGUUCCUCUUCCGUCACUCCGCCCACCUCCACCUGUCCUGCUCCCACCUGCAGGCCCCUCCCCCUCACUGAGAACACCAGUGACGCUGCCUCACCUGUUCCAGACGACCAUCUCACUACGUCACGGGAGACCUUGUACGAUCAAAUGUGUCCUUCCUCUUCCACUGUCACUCCUCCUGCGUUCACCUGUCUUUCACCCUCCUGCGGGACCUUCCCUCAAACCGGGAACACCUGUGACACUGACUCACCUGUUCCAGUCAACGGUCCCUCUACUUCAUGGAAGUCCUCGUCCAAUCAGUUGAGUCCUCCUCCCUCCUCCUGCCCCAGCGUCAACCGAUCCAGUGCUCCCGUGACCACUGCAGUUACCAGCGACCCUCUGUUCUCCUUCGAGGGUCUCAUCUCUGACGUCAGCCCUCAUUCUUCUUCUCUGAAACAGCCGCAGCAGAGUCCUGUGGUGAGGGCGGUGGCGGACUCCGCCUGUGAUCUCAGCGUGCAGCAGGUCGCAGCAAGGCAGCAGGAACAUGCAGAGAAUGAACCGACCUCCACCGUGUCUGAAGAAACCGAACCCGCAGGGAAACUGUCUCCACCUGAAGUAUCGGACGGAGACGCCGAAGAACCGAGCUCUGUGAUUGGAUACCCAGACUGCAGUCUGAGCCAGUGGCAGCCCAGAGUGUCUCUGUUCAGACUGCCGGUAUCCCCGCCCCGCCCUGGACGUCCCCUCUCUGGUUUCCGCCUGGUCCCCGGUGACAGUAAAGAUGAGAUUUACCUGGAAGAGAUAACCGAGGACAUUCAGUCCCGUGUUGAUGACGUCACAGGUGACAUCACGGAGCCGCCGUCAUCGCCAGGGUCUCCUGUGACUCUGCAGAUAGUUACCUGCUCUGCCUGUGGAGCAGCCAACGGUUCAAUAAUCUGCUCGGCCUGCGGUCGAGGAUACCACAGAGACUGUCACGUCCCCCCUGUUGGACAUGGCAUUUGGUCAGAGUGGAUCUGUUCGCUGUGUCAGGACCUGUCGGACCCCUCGGACCCCUACAGCUCUGACAGACCACAAAGACCUCAGAGUCCCUGUCUCAGUCUGCUGGACCAGAGGCGCUGUGAGAGUCUGCUGCUGUACUUGAAGGUUGAAGGCCGCAGUCGACUUUCUGAGUUUGGCGUUUGGUCUCAUCUGAAGUUGAUGUCGGAUCGUCUGACUCUGCGUCGGCCUCCUGCGUAUCAAACGGCUGCAGAGCUCCUCUCUGACAUCUGGAGUCUCUUCAAUGAUGUCUCUCAGGACGAUGACGUUUUGAACAAACUGCAGGAGAGUUUUCAGAUCAGGGAGAUGGAAACCUUCAGUUCGGAGCUUAAUCCUUCGGUCCCGAUGCCGCCGAGCAGCAGCAGGAACACGGAGGGAGACAGAUCUGCAGUCGGACGUCCUCGCCGUCCGUUGGACACCGAGGCGUCGGGUGGAGAUACGGUCGUGGAGGGCUCAAAGCGGUCAAAGGUCACGUCGGAGGAACAGGAAGUGAUCACCAGCAAGUCAAAACUCAAGACGACGAGGAAGAGGCUGAGGGAGUUUCUGGAUCUGGUGGGAACGCCAGGAUCCAAGAGGACAAAGACGGAGUCGCGUGUUUAGUCGACCUCUGACCUUUUUGUUAUUUUUUUACUCAGUGCAAGCUGUUUAAAGUUUAAACGGCUUUUUGUUUCCGAGAGGUUCAUUGAAUAAAGGUGUUGUUCAAACUCUUUGCUAAA